AUGGCUUUCCUGUUCAAAUCGAAGAAACAUCCAGACAAGUCGCAAUCUGCCAGCCGCGACGCAGGUUCUGGCUCCCAAGGGUCGAUUCAAAGCAUCACCGCCCGCGCCGCUGAAAAGGGCUCUUUACAGCAUCGUGCAACCCCUACCGGAAGCGUGAACUCAAUAGAAAAUGAAGUCACGGCCGGAAGCCCUGAUCAGGGACCUGGGCCUGCACAAAACCAUGGCCAUGGGCGCCGUGGUGGAAGUGCUGAUCAGUCAACUCAACAACCCAGCGACCCAUCUUUACGAAAUGGGCCUCCCAUGAAUGGGCCUAAUGCAUCGCUAUACCCCUGGUCACAACGUCGAUUAACAUAUACUUCCACCCAUCCUCCACCAUUCCCACGAUACGGGGCCGCUGUUAAUUCUGUGUCAUCGAAGGAGGGAGAUGUGUACUUGAUGGGCGGUUUAAUUAACGGCUCUACUGUCAAAGGUGACCUAUGGAUGAUUGAGGCAGGAGGUAACAUGGCCUGCUAUCCCUUGGCGACAACUGCUGAAGGUCCCGGCCCAAGAGUCGGCCACUCGAGUUUGCUUGUUGGCAAUGCUUUCAUUGUGUAUGGUGGAGAUACCAAGAUCGACGAGUCUGAUGUUCUUGACGAGACGCUCUAUCUUCUUAAUACUUCAACGAGACAAUGGUCUCGUGCUCUGCCGUCCGGACCACGACCUUCGGGUCGUUAUGGCCAUUCCCUCAAUAUACUCGGUUCUAAAAUCUACGUUUUUGGAGGUCAGGUUGAGGGGCUGUUUAUGAACGAUCUUUCGGCAUUUGAUCUCAACCAACUCCAGAUGCCAAACAAUCGUUGGGAAAUUCUAGUCCAUGGCGAGACAAGCCCCAAGAUGCCGGCAGCUCGUACGAAUCAUACAAUGAUAACCUUCAAUGACAAGAUGUAUCUCUUCGGUGGUACGAAUGGUUUCAAGUGGUUCAACGACGUUUGGUGCUACGAUCCAGCGACCAACAAAUGGUCUCAAUUCGACUGCAUUGGCUAUAUCCCAGCCCCGCGAGAAGGACAUGCCGCCGCUCUUGUAGACGAUGUCAUGUACGUCUUUGGAGGAAGGACCGAGGAAGGGACAGAUCUUGGCGACCUUGCGGCUUUCAAAAUUUCAUCGAGACGAUGGUACACGUUUCAAAACAUGGGGCCUUCUCCUUCCUCGCGCUCUGGCCACAGCAUGACGACGGUUGGUAAAUCGAUCGUGGUUCUUGGUGGAGAGCCAAGUUCAGCAACCGCAUCCGUCAGCGAUCUAGGACUACUCUAUGUUCUGGACACCUCAAAGAUUCGAUACCCGAACGAUGCGCCACAGACUUCGCAGCCUCCGCGAGUGCAAGGCUCACGUAGACCGAGUGCUAGUGAGGGUAAUCGUCCGUACCCUGCACGAGACGGAUCAAACGGCCCAUCGGAUUCGAGAAAGAUGAUUGUGGGAGCGCCAUCUGCUCCACCCAACGGUCAUCGAUCACCACCUAAUAGCGUGGAGGUUGAAGGUUCGCAGCCCGCUGUUGCAAACGCAAAGCUUCCGAGAGCCUCAGCGAUGCCUCCGUCGGGUCCCCCUCCUCAAGGCCCGAUGCCUGCUAGGCCUACCGUGGAUGUUUCUGCAGUGGCGCGAGUUAGGGGGCAAUCGGCAGAACGUGGUGGCGCUUCCGGUUCGCCAAGAACGAUGCACUCUGGCUCACCGAUCACACGAGAAGUAAUCAGCGAGGUUGAUAGCCCUGCAUCCAACGGCCAACGAACACCCGUCCAACAACCACCACGUGUUGCUUCACGGCAGGAUCAAGUGAGUGGAGAUGCGUCCAAGGUCAAACAAGUCCCGCAAGGUCGACCUCAAGGCCCGGCCGAUGGUACGUCAGAUGCCUCGAUCAAACCAACAAUCGCGCCUCGGCCAGCUUCGCCACCAGUCCCUAUAAGGCAACCCAGCAAUAACAUCAAUAGACGGUCAUCAGGAAGGAACUCGCAAACAGUCGUUCUUCUGAAGGAGCUGGACUCUGCCCGAAACCGAAAUGCUUGGUAUGCUUCUGAAUUGGAGCUGGCACGGAAGGCUGGCUACGUCCCCAACACUUCGUAUAGUCCUUUGCUUGACAACAAGGCCACUGAGACUUUCGACGAUGAGGAUCGACCACUCAUAGAGGCUUUGUUAGCAAUGAGAUCCGAGCUUGCCAAUGUCCAGACCGCAGUUGACAAGCAAGCCGUUGUCGCUGCCAAGCAGAUUGCCGAGGCAGAGAAGCAACGUGAUGCCGCCAUCCAAGAAGCCAUCUAUUCCAAGGCCAAACUCGCGGCGCACCUGGGUGGGAGCUCGGCAAGUACCCCGCAGCUCGAUGGUCCCAAGGAUGACUCUGAGCUUAGGUCGAGUGAGCUGAGUAGGAAGCUUGCUUCUGCGCUGCAUGUUCAAAAAGACCUUCAAUCACGACUCGAUUCCGCUAGGAGCGAGCUCGACUCGGAGAGGAAGGCUCGCCUGUUGGCAGAUGACACCUCGAAUGCUGCCCAGAAACGCAUGGCAGAACUCGAAAGCUACAAACAGCAAACGUCGACAGAGGUUGAGAGACUCAAGGCCGAACUGCAUCUUGCCCAACAUGAAGCGCGAGAACAUUCAGUAGCUCGCGCCGAGGUUGCCGCUACUGUCGAACUACUCCGUAUCGAGAAGAACGACAUGGAGCAGAAAUACCAUGAAGCUAUUGGGAACUCGAAAGACCAUAGCGACACUUUCGACUCUCUUCGGGCUGCUAUCGUAGCCUCUGAGGAUUCUACAGCCCUUCUAGAAAACAAGCUUGCAGAAGAACGGAAUCAGCGCGAGAAGAUCGAGACGCAGCUCAACAAGCUUAAGUUUGAGCAUGAAGCUCGCACUGCCGAGCUCGUAGCUACCACCCAACGUCUUCGCGAUGCUGAGCAACUUUCGGAGAAGCACGCAGCAGAAGUUCGAACAACCCGGCAGGCAGUUCUCGCAGGUCUUGAUAAGAUCUCGGCUCGAGAUGUUUCUGGCCCGAGCAAAGCGGAUAGCGAACGAAUUGCGGCUCUGCAGGCCCAACUCGCUACCUCAAACGAACUGGUCAAGAAAUACCAGCAGGAAGUUGAGGCGGCAGCCGAUAAGCUACGUGGCGCAGAAGAGCGUAUUGCGGGGCUCGAACAAUACCAGGAACAGUCAAGUCGCGAAGGUGUCACAAUCAGAAGACAAUUACAAUCUGCUUUACGUGAUACGCAAAGCUUACAGGCAGCCAAUACCGAUCUCAAGAACCAACUAGCUGCUCAGCAACUCGAAACUAAUGCCAUGACCGUGCAGCACAAUGCGCUCAAGGACAUUUUGAGCGAACGAGGCAUAAGCCCUACCGCCUCUAUUCGCACUCGUGGUAUUACAAACCCGCGGAUCAACUCACCGGCCAACUCACCUGACUUGAAUCGCGUUCGUGACCUUGAAUCUCAGCUCGCCAGUUCAUCUGCCGCCCAUGAAGAAACAAAGCAAGCGUUUGCCAUUCAAGUCCAAGAGUCUGAGGCGGCUUGGCGCGAGAAACUAUCGCAGCUGGAGAGUGACUAUCAGUCCGCCGUGCAUUAUGUCAAGGGCACCGAGAAGAUGCUUAAGCAACUCAAAGACCAAUUGUCUCGGUAUAAGACGGAAAAUGCCCGCUUGAAGACAGAGAUAGAAGAUCUCGAGGACAACGCUCAAGCCGGAACAUCCUCGACUUCUACCAACUGGGAGGGCGAGAAAGCAGAACUCCAAGCGCGAAUCCAAAGUCUCGAGAUAGAGCUUGAAGAGUCCGCAGCCCAAAUGGAGCAAAGACUUGCCGGCCUUCAAACAGAGCUACAGGAGACCAAUCAGCAUCAUGAAGCGGCCACACAAAGGUUGAACAGCCAUCGAAAGGAUCUAGAGCAGCUGCAAUCUGAGAAUGCUCUCCUUGAGCAGCGUGCAAACGAUGCUGAGCAAAAGGUGGCCCUCCUGCUGGACCAGGUUGAGCAUUCUGUCGAUAAUUACCGUCGGCGUAGCCGGCAAGUGCCCAGUGUGAAUUCUGAAGUGGCUGUCGGUGCCAAUGGCCUGGGCUUAGGGCAUUCGAGACAGGAGAGCUCCGAAGGCGAGAGUGUCUAUGGAAGUACAAACGGAAACGGGAAUGGAAAUGGAAACGGAAACGGAAACGGGGGUCUGGAAGCUAGAAACAGCGCAGCCCUGGACAGCCUUGCCAACGAGCUUGAAACCCUUCGGAGCCAGUGGGAGGCAACCAACAAGAACUAUCGAUUGAGCACCAACUUUGACUUCGAUGGAUCCUCUGGCGCCAAGAAGGAAAGCGAUACUGCUGUUGGCGUCGGCCUCAGCGAGAGUCUGGCGGAUUGGCGCAAGAGACUUGACACGGAGGAAAACCACAAUGACGGGGACAAGCCUCGACACACCUAA